AAACCACGUGGUUUAAAUUUUCAACGUGCGUCUCUAACUGCUGGGAUGUCUUCUCUUAAUUAAUGCACACCUGUUGUUGAUUUUGUAGAGCACAUCGUUAUUAAAACAACAUGUCUGGCAAAUCUGAACUGAAAAUUAACACGCAGUUUGCGCAAAAAUACGAGAAGUACCGACAGAAGGAGGAGUUGCAAAGACUGAAGGAUCGAUAUGGAGACCGAGCCGAGGAGAGUGACUCUGAGACUUCAGAGUCCAGCUCUGAUGAGAGUGAAGUGGAGCUGGACCCUGAUGUUGAGAGGGACUUUUACAGAACAUUGUCUCUUUUGAAGAAAAAAGACCCGAAGAUCUAUGAAGAAAAUGCUAAGUUCUACUCAGAAGAUGCAUCUGAUGGUGAUAUUAAGCCUUCAACCUCAAAGAAAGACAAAGUUAAGCCCAUGUAUCUAAAGGACUAUGAACGUAGAGUCAUACUGGAAAAGGAAGGUAAAUAUGAAGAUGAUGAUGAUGACAGUGAUGAUGAGGAAGCUGCCAAGAGGAAAGAGAGAGCAGCCUCUCCCAGUUACGUACAGGAGCAGAAGGAGCUGAAAGAGAGCUUCCGGAAAUUUGUUGAGGACAGUGAUGAAGGCGAUGAAGAUGAUGAAGCAUCAAAGCUGUUGACCCGGAGGAUCAAAACGCAAGAAGAGAAGGACAAAGAGGAGGCAGACUAUAUGGACUGGCUGAAAGGCCAGGCUGAGCUCGAGGGUCCGGAGGAGGUGAAGGACAUGAAAUACUUGAGAGACUACUGGAAUGACCCCAAGCUGGAUGAGAAGGAGCGUUUCCUCAGAGAUUACGUGCUGAACAAGGGUUACCUUGACGAAGAGGAUGACGACGAACGGAUCCCAACCUACGACGAGGUGGUCCAGGAUGAUGUGGAGGAUUCAGAGGAGGAAGGGGAGACUUUCUUGGAGCGUCAGGAAGACUUUGAGAGAAGCUACAACUUCCGCUUUGAGGAGCCGGACGCUGAGAAGAUUAAGACCUACCCCCGGAAUAUCGCCACAUCCGUACGCUCCAAGGAUGAUCGCAGGAAACUCAAAAGGGAGGAAGUGAAAGAAAGGAAGGAAAAAGAGAAAGAGCAGAAGCGAGAGCAGCUGAAGCAGCUGAAGAACCUGAAGAGAAACGAAAUCAUGGAGAAGCUGAAGAAGCUCCAGGAGCUGACCGGCAAUGAGCAGCUGGCUUUCAGUCAGGCUGACCUGGAGGGAGAAUUUGAUCCAAAUCAGCAUGACAAGCUCAUGCAGAAAUUCUUUGGAGAUGAAUACUACGGAGAAGAGGAAGAAGAGAAGCCUCAGUUUGAGGACGAUGAUGAAAUGGAGGAACACUGGAACUGGGACACGUGGACAGGAGAGGAGAAAAAGGAGCACUAUGAUGAAGAGGAGUAUGAUGGAGAGGACUACGAUGCCUCGGGACCCUACUGUGAGGAUGAAGACUUUAUUAUGGAUGCAGACUACAACCCCAGCCAGCACGCUGCCUCCAAGAAGAAAAAGAAAAAAGAGAGGAAGAAGAUGAAGAAGGAGGAUCUGCCACAAAUGGGCAAAAAGAGAAAGAAGUCUUACUUUGCGGAGGUCAUCACCAGCGACAAGCCCGUGUUUGAUCCCCAGGAGAAAAGCUUCGAGCAGUACUUGGAUGAGUACUACAAGUUAGACUACGAGGAUAUCAUUGACGACCUGCCGUGCAGGUUUCGCUACAGGCAGGUUCUGCCCAACGACUUCGGUCUGAGCACAGAUGAGAUUUUAAAAGCUGACGAGAAGGAGCUGAACCGCUGGUGCUCUCUGAGGAAGACGUGCAUGUUCAGAUCUGAGAAAGAGGAGAUAAGUGAUUUGAAGAACUAUAAAAUGAAGGCACAGAAUGAAAGGAAGAAGAAGGAGAUCUUUAACUCUGUGUAUUCGGAAGAAGAUACAGAGGCAGAGGCUAAGACCAAGGUGGGGAAGAAGAGAAGAGAUCGUCUGAAGAAUGCAGAAAGGCAAGGCAGUGGACCUGAAGAUGCCAGUGCUGUUCCCGUUGGGAAGGAUUCCUUUUCCCAAGUUCUUCAGGAGGCAGCAGCCAGCGCAGAUGAGGGGGAGGAAGAGGAGAUCCUAAUACCCAAGAAAAAGAAGAUGAAACGGGAAGAAGAAUCCCAGGGGGCUUCAGACGAGGCGACGGCCAAUCCUGAUGAAGCUACAAACAGGACUGAAAAGCCAAAAUGGGCCAAGAAGAAGCACAAGCGUUCAGGUGGCCGCCUCAUGUCAGGAGCCAUGGGGGUGAAAAUAGGCGGGCGGGAGUUCAGCAGACAGAGACUGAAGGCUUACGGGCUGAACCCCAAAAGACUGUACUUCAGACAGCUCGGCAGGCAGAAACGGAAAGCACAGGAGAAGAAACUAAAGCAGAAAAACAACACAUAACAUGUUUUCACUGAGCUGAUACAUCAUUGAUAUUGAUUGGAAAAUGAUCUGGUUUUUACAUGAAACUAUCAGUUUCAUGUUCUUGUAAUAAACAUUUGAAUAUAAAGAGAA